AAAUGCCCCUUCUGCACCUGGUAUCUCAGCUCUGCCAGCUGUGCCCCCGAUGCCCUCCUUGUGCCAGGCUCCUCAGCUCCACUUUCUGUCUGAGGGCAGGGCAGAGUAACUAUUAUGAGCUUCUGGGGAUCCGGCCAGAUGCCAGCAUGCAAGAAGUCAAACGGGCUUUCUUUGCCAAGUCCAAAGAGCUGCACCCCGACCGCGACCCCAAGAACCCAGCCCUCCACCACCGAUUCGUGGAGCUGAACGAAGCCUACCGGGUGCUGAGCAAGGCCUGCAGCCGGCGGGCCUACGACAGCCAGCUGCGCCCCCGCCAGCCGCCCCCCGCGGCCUCCGCCUCGGCCUCCAGCUCCUGGUCCUCGGCCGACUCCCGCUACUGGGCCCAGUUCCACAAGGUCCACCCCGACGACUCCCGCAGCGCCCGCCAGAGGCAGCAGAAGCAAAACCACCGCGUGCUGGGCUACUGCCUCCUGCUGAUGCUGGGGGGGAUGGUGCUGCACUACCUGGCCUUCAGAAAGCUGGAGCAGAUCCACCGGCGCUUCAUGGACGAGAAGGACCGCGUCAUCCUGGCCCUGUACAACGAGAGCAGGACCAGGGCCAGGUCUCUGCCCCUCCCCCCGGUGGGAGGGCCCCGGAGGAGGCGGCCGGAUCGGGGGCGGGCUUGGGGGAGGAGGGAGGUCAGGUGCCGGGAAAGCAGGCCACUGGGCAGCGCGGGGAGCGGAGCGAAGAUUCCCAGGGAGAACGGGGUGUUCCCGCGGCCAAGGCCGGGCCCUCCCCCUGCUCCCGGGUCACCGCAGCCGUUCUCCCCCCUCCCCCGCGCAGGGCCAACAGCGCCAGGCUCCAGCAGGAGAGACUGCAGAAGCCCCCGAGCCCCCCGCCGUCUCCCGGGAAGUGACCGGCGGCUGCCGAGGGCUCCCCCGGCCGUGUGCAAUAAAAUCCUUGUCACUGGGUGUCUGGCUCCUCCCUCGUGCCUUCUCGCGGGCCGCUGCCCCUCCGUGCCCGGUGCCCUCCGGCCCCCUCCCUCCUCCCACGUGGGCGCCAGCCCCAGGGGGCAGCAGCCCGCCGGCUGCCCGCCCCGGCCCGCCCCUCCCCCUCGGCCCGGGGGGGAGGGGGGGAGCGCGUGGCUGGGUCACAUGAGCCACCCGGGCUCGGCCCCCCGCAGCCCGGGCAGCCCGUGUCCCCGCCGCCGCCUCCUCCUCCUCCUCCUCCUCCUCCUCGUCGGGCCCCGCGCCGCCGCCUGCAUCCCGCGGCCCCGCCAUGGGGCUCCCCGCGCGCCUGCCCCCGCCUCCGGGCUAGGACGAUGCGGGAGUCCCGCGGGCACCAUGAGCCCUCUCCUGCUAGCCGCCCUGCUGCUGCUGCUGCCGCCGCUGCCCCCUGGAGCCCCCGCGCAGACUGCCAGCUCUCCGGCGGAGGGCUCCCCCCAGCGAGACAAAGCCGUUCCCUGGCUCGACGUGUUCAGCCGAGCCUCCUGCCAGCCCCGGGAGGUGCUGGUGCCCUUGAGCGGCGAGUUCCCCGGGGAGGUGGCCCAGCGGCUGGUGCCCAGCUGCGUGAGCCUGCAGCGCUGCGGAGGCUGCUGCCCCGAUGAGGCCCUGGAGUGUGUGCCUACGGGCCAGCGCCACAUCCGGAUGCAGAUUCUGAUGAUCAGACACCUGAGCAGUCACCUGGGGGAGAUGUCCCUUGUGGAGCACAGCCACUGUGAAUGCAGACCAAAAAAGGCCCCUUCGCUGCAGCCAGCCAGCCCCACGCCCAAGUGUCCCAGGUGUGUCCAGAGAAGGCAGCGCCCUGACCCUCGGACCUGCGCCUGUCGCUGCCGACGCCGAAGCUUACUGCGUUGCCAAGGUCGGGGCCUGGAAUUCAACCCGGACACCUGCAGGUGCAAGAAGCUUCGAAGGUGACCUGACCCAAGAGAGGAUGGGGGAGCCCUGUUGGGUCCCAGCACCUACAGCUCGAGCUGCAAAGUUGCUGCUACAGAGGAACCCCAGACCUCGGAGUGAUCCACGACCCUCAGCUGCCACGCUUGAAGGGGAAGGGAAGGGCAGGGGAGGUCACUCGUUUGGGGUAAAAGGGAAGCACACCCCCUGUAUUUAAGCACCUUGCCACUGAACUCCCCACUGCCAGCUGACAGUGGGGUAAGAGAAGGUGGGGAGACCCCAGAGCCACCCAGAAUGUUUUGGCUUGGGUCCAUGGACUGUGAUCCCUCCCCCCAAAAACCUCAUAAAAGAGAUGAAAAGGA